CACGUUUGUUAUGUAUACUGGUAGCGUUUUACAUGUGUACUAAAAUCUGUAAACCGCGAUAUGCCUGACUGAUCACAUAUCUAUCAUGUCUACAGUAUACAAACAAAUGCAGGCAAAUAUUAACCAUAAAAUUACCAAAUCUUAAGCAGUUCCUUCCUCAUUCGUGUAUGUGUGUGUUUACGAUGACGAUUGGAAUAUUCACCUUGUGUUUUUACUUAUUGGUUGACAGAAGUCAGGGAUACGAAGAUAUAGCAUUAUGGCGGCCAGCAUUCCAAAGCUCAUCUUUCAAUUCUGUCCACAAUGUCUCUGCGGUACUAGCAGUUGAUGGGAACACAAAUCAACGGUUGUCUGGAAAUAGCUGUGCUCGUACUGAUUUCGCAUCCGAAGUUUGGUGGAGAGUGGACCUAGGAAGUGUUAAAAGCAUUUAUAGCAUAAAAGUCUUUUUUCGUAACGACAGCGAUCAAUUCGUUUACAAUCGAGUUAAAGCCCAUGCUGGUUUCUCGCUUUAUAUCUCGAACACAACUGAACACACAAAAGGACAUCUUUGUUACAAGAAUAACGUAACACUCCCCCCUUUGCUGUCUGAACACGUUUGUAUCCGUCAUGGUCGUUACGUUACGUAUUACAACGCUAGAGGAAGUGGAGUAGUGGUACCUCCAGAGUCACGUCCACGCACAACAAUAGCAGAACUUUGUGAGAUUCAAGUAUUUGGGUGUAAUGCUACUGUAUAUGGUGACAAAUGCAAUAAACCAUGUCCAGACAACUGUCAGGAGAAACAUUGUGACGUACUGAAAGGGGCGUGUCUAGGUUGCGUAGCCGGAUGGAGAGGAAACCAUUGUGAUCAAAUAUGUGAGUCAUCCUUUUACGGGGAGGGUUGCAAACACUCGUGCAGUGACUUCUGUACAGCUCGAACGUGUCAUCACAUAACCGGAGAUUGUGUAUGCCAACCAGGGUGGGCGGGGACAAACUGUUCGUUAAACGUCACCGGAAAUGAUACUUAUACCAGUGUUCCAAUAAACAAAGGAAAAACAAGGACUGAGAACCACCAGGUUACCAUUGUAGUAAUUGGAGUAUGUGCUGCCAUCGUCAUAGCUGUAGCUUUUGUAAUCCUUAUUGUUGCCUGGAAGAAAUUGUCUUCGGGAAAGGAUGAGCAAGGAUUUUUGGCGAAUUUUCUGUUUUCAACAUUAAUGAGAAAACAUGCUGAUGACGACACAUUGACAGAACCAGAUGACUUUGCCUAUCAGAAUGUUGCUCUAGAAAGUGAGAAUGAUGAGGACGAUGCGAAUGUCUAUGACAGUAUAUCUGUUUCCGACUUGUAUAAAGUGAUAAAGAUGAAGUCAGAAGACGAAAAUGCUGCAUUCAAGAAGGAAUACUCGGUUUUACCAAGAGGGGAACAAUUUCCUUGCGAUGAGGCUAAGAAACCCGAUAAUGUUCCAAGAAAUCGGUAUAAAACCACAUUUCCAUACGACCAUUCACGAGUUAUUCUACAGUGCAGCUCGGGAAAAGAAUCCAACUACAUAAAUGCUAAUUACUUAGAGAAUGUUGACGGAGAAAAGAUCUACAUAGCCACACAAGGACCUAAACCCUCAACAGUUCUAGAUUUUUGGAGAAUGGUUUGGCAGGAAAAUGCCACAAAAAUCGUUAACGUCACAAAUCUGAAAGAGGGAACUAAGAUAAAAUGUGAAAAAUAUUGGCCAGAUCGGAAGCAAACCUUAAAGAAAGGAGAAUUUAGAAUACAGAAUAUUGAAGAAACUGUCUACGCAAAUUACGUUAUUAGAAAAUUAAAAGUUACCAAAAAGUCCAGCUGUGAUAUACGGAUAGUGUUCAUGUUCCAUUACACGGAAUGGCCGGACCAUGACGUACCGGAAGCUCUUAACUUGGUACUGUUCCACAGACACAUAAUGCGGACGUCACAAUCACAGACUAAAGUUCCAAUGAUAGUUCACUGCAGCGCCGGCAUUGGCAGAACCGGUACUUUCAUCGCCCUUGAUGCUCUAUAUAGCCACGGUACUAAAACUGGAAAGGUCAACAUACCUGAAUAUGUCAAAGCAUUGAGGAAAGAUCGAAUGAGUAUGAUUCAAAGCCAUGAGCAGCUCAGAGUGGUGUAUGAAACCUUGCAUGAGGCUUUCCGUGCAAAACACAGUUUGGUAUAUAAAGACGAAUUCAUUAAUAGAUAUGAUGACAGCCUCACGAGUGAUAUGUCAGAGUCGAGUUCACACCUCCAAACAGAAUUCCAGGAAUUGCAAGACAUAAAGCCAACUUACACAGAUUCGGAUUUCAAAACUGCUAAAGAAAAUUUGGACCUGAACUUCUCACAAGACGUUUUACCAGUGGACAGUUAUCUAUGCCACCUCUCUUACGUCAAAGGGCAGAGCAAUUACUACAACGCCAUUUUACUACAGUCUUACACCAAACCAGACGCUUUGAUAAGCGCCCAGUUCCCAGCUGCGGAGUCCUCCGAAUAUCUCUUCAGACUAAUCAAAGACUUCGAAGCAUCUAUCCUUGUGGCUCUUUCUCCACUAACUGACAUGGAAUCAGUCUAUACAAAUUCCUUCCUGCCACAAAAACAGUCUUCCAUCAACGUUGGAUCCUUCACGUUAACUCAUAAAUCGACUUCAAAAUCAACUAAUGUAUCAAAAACGAGUGUGGUGAUAAAGAAGAAGGGUCUUAGAGACAUGCAAUGUGAGGUUUUCGAGUGUCCUGUCUGGCAAACAUCGCACUGGAUGUCGGACUCCAGAGUCAUGGUGGAUCUAGUAAAGGAAGUUAAAAUGUCCCAGUAUGCGCAACCAAACAUUUCCAUAGUCGUUUUGUCAAGUGAUGGGGCCUCACGGACAGGGACGUUUUGUGCAGUGUUUAAUGCAUUAGAGGAACUAACAACUGAUGAUGAAGUCGAUUUAUUCACCAUAGUUCGCCAACUACAGAUCCGUCGCACAGAAUUUUUUCAACAUUUUAUGGAAUAUAAAUUUUGUCAUGAAGUUGUGUGCGAAUACUUAAGAAGCGAUAUGGUUUAUGAAAAUUGUUAAUUUCAGUCAUUUAUGGGACGAUACGGUCACGAACAAUUAAUGCAUUGCCACCACAAUCAGUUUGAAAAGUUGUACAUUUGUACAAUUCUUCCAGACAAUCUAUUUUGUAUCAAUUUCAUUUCAUGGUGGAUGUAACUUAUCGAUUUUUGAUAGUUUUGUUUUACAUCAAAUACAUGUACAUGUAUUUUUAAUAAAGAAUUUAUAAACGUU